GUCCUCCGCAGUCACAGCCAACCAGAUGAAGAAUCUGCGAUGAUGCCUUCUGAAAUGGAAAAACGGGGUCAGUCUCUCAGUCCAUCGAGGCUUUUCAACCUUUCUAAGUCCACUUCCGUUCUUCUCGAGGAAUGAGGUGUGCAGCCCCCAGCUGCAAGUAUAAGUAUCCGAGGGUUGUAUAGUGGUUGUUGACCUGGUCAUCCGACAUGGACGAUCUGCCAAUCUUCACCUGGGACACUACCGCCGAUAAAGUUGCUGACACGUUCGCCGAACAAAUCAUGGGAAAGAACGUCCUGAUCACGGGAACAUCGUUGAAUGGAAUUGGAUUCGACACCGCCAAGUCUAUCGCCAAAUACGCCAAUACGGUAAUUGUCUCUGGAUACGAUAGUCAGAGGCUGCGACAGACGGUUGACGCGCUCGAUGGGGACUUGACGAGCGCAAUCAUUCGACCCCUCCACUUGGACCUGACCUCGUUUGUCAGCGUUCGUCGAGCAGCAGCGGAGGUCGCGGGCUGCGUCGACCGCUUACACGUCCUCAUCCACAACGCUGCCGCCGCCGUGACAGUGCGGCCCAACCUCACCGAAGACGGAUUCGAAACCCAGCUCCAAGUCGGAUUCCUCAGCCCGUUCCUGCUCACGGCCCUGCUCAAGCCCCAACUCCUCGCAGCUCGAACGCAAUCGUUAGUGGUUUGGAGUCGCGGGCAUUUCCCGCGCUCCCCCGAUAUCCCUCCAGUCGACUUGCCCGCCGUUCGCAAUCCAGAUCCAGCGCGGUACCGGGGCUUGGACGCCUAUCGACAGGUGAAAGCUGCAGGAAUUAUAUUUGCGCGCGAGAUGACUCGGCGUUGGGGGAAUGACAUAUAUGCGUUCAGCGUCCAUCCAGGGGCGAUUUUCACAAACAUGAUGCUGAAAGAAGAUUCUCUGGCAGUCUUGGAGGGCAUCAUGCUCCGUCCGGACGGAUCCCCACGGCUCAAUAUCUCGGUUCCGUGGAAGGAUCUCCAGCAGGGCGCGUCCACCACUCUGGUAGCAGCAUUCGAUACCCGGCUUGCAGAUUCAUCUGGCGCCUACAUUGAUGAUUGCCAGAUCGGAAAGAUCGCCAAGUAUUGCGAGGAUUUGGCAAGUGCUCUGCGGUCCACUUCUUUGAAAGCACUGACAUGUCACAAGGGUUUCGCGAAAAAACUAUGGAGCUUCGCUGAAACUGCCACUGGAUUGCGGCCAUUUGAGUUUUCUGAUGGAGGAGAGGGAGAGAUCGGGCUCAAAGCCAAACUGUGACAGCGCUCGGAUAUCUAGUCAUGUUUUCUUUCUCUCGUCCUUGAAGACUCCGGUGAGGGGUAUGUCUUUCGGCGAAUCGGUUCAUGGAUAGCCCUUGCAUUCCUUCCAUCGCAUUUGAGACGGCGACUUUGCGCUCGUACGAGAUGAAGGAAUCUAGCCUCCAAUCGAAGAUUCUCCGCGCCAUAUAUGCUGCGCUGAAACCGGUUCUGGGGUUCCUUUGUGAUUAAUUCCAAUAACACGAGGCGGAAGAGCGCUGUCAAGGCGGAAUUCCAACUGUGGGCCCAGACCUCCAAGGCAGAACCUUGAAUCCGGCUACGUUGGCCUCUGCUCAAGAAGCCGUUCAAUUAUUUUCGCAGUCUCGCAGUGAGCAAAUAACAAGCCCUGAAUCCUCCCACCGUCUCCUCAUUUUCAGUAUUUUGUCGCCCUUGGAACGUCGCCCCGCUAUCUUUGUCAACACGUUUGCAAACACGCGAUGGUUUUCUUGGAAUCACUGUGUCUGGCUCUCGUGAUCCAUAUCUACAGUUCAAAUGUUUCAUAGCCGGGCCAACUGCCAUGAGCGCGUCGAGAAUCGUCGACCAGGUUGCUAUUUCCUUGCCACGGUCGGUCAAGAUGACCGAAUCGAUGAGAUAUAUCCGGAGCUAGAGGGAGAGAUUCGGCAAUCACUUCCUCAGCUACGGGUGUCAACGUCUGC